AUGACUGCGUUUGCCCGAAUUGGUCUGACGCCAGCAACUCAGCUUCUUUCUCCUACUCCUCCUCUUACUCGUGCCCGCCGGCCGUCCGUCCGUUGCAAGCCAGCGCUGUCCGUCCUGAAUGGCCAGCGCCUGAUUGUUCCUAUUACGGUGAGGUUCGCUCGAGCACCGACCGAUGAUCAGCAGCGCGGGUCGCUGCUGCCAGUGUCAUCGUUGUUCCGCCGAGGCCAACUGUGCAUAGCGAUAGAGAUUCGGCCUUGUCGUCUCCUUCUUUUGCCACUUCUUCUGCUGCUGAUGACUGUUCUUGCCUCUGGCAGCGUCGUGGCCGCCCAGUCGUCUUACGCAGCCAUUGGCGGAGGCGCAACGCCGUUUAGUCCUUCGUUGGACCUCAACUCCUUACAAGCAGGAUCGUUACUGCAGAGCUGCAUGAAGCACAUCUACCGGACGAGACAGCGUCAAUCGCGUCGAAACACGCCGCUUCUGCGAUCUUCCGUGUCUUCCUCGUCGUUGUCGCCCUCGCAUUACGAAAAGACCAACCGCAUAGGUAAACUCUAUUGCCGAACAGGUUACCAUUUGCUCAUCCAUGCCGACGGCAAGGUUAAUGGCACUCAUCAGGACCACAACCGUUUCGGUCGGGUGGUAAGGAAAUUCGAAGCGCUGUCUCUCUGUGACCAUCGCCUGUCUUUCGCCGGCGUCGCGGAGCUUGAACAACGCAGCGGCCGUGACUUCAUAGUACCUGAGUGGUUCAGCUUCUGCCGGCUUGGCGACUUGGUGUAA